CCGAGUCAUGGAGCUGUUGCAAGUGGAGCAAGAACCAAGCGUGCCUUGGAUCGUCUGGGCGGUCUUCGUCGAAACCGUGCUGUUCGUUGUCUGCCUGGGCCUUCUUCACAAAGCUGUUACCAUGUACACCAAAGGAGUUUGUCGAUCAACGCAGCAAAUGGACGGCAAGACGGUCAUCAUCACGGGCGGCAACGCAGGCAUCGGGAAGGAGACCGCCAUGGAGCUCGCUCGCCGCAAAGCCCGCGUCAUCCUCGCAUGUCGAAACCUCGAGAAGGCCAACGAGGCGGCCCGGGAAAUUCUGGCGGAGACCGGCCAGAGCGUCGUCGUGAAACACCUGGACUUGGCGUCCUUCAAAUCCGUUCGCAAGUUCGCCCGGGACAUUGUGGACACCGAGGCGAGACUGGACGUGCUCAUCAACAACGCCGGCAUGAUCCACGAUUCGAACACCGUGAAGUUAACAGAAGACGGCUACGAAGCUUGCUUCCAAUCCAACUACCUCAGCCACUUCUUGCUCACCGUUCUUCUACUGGAUUUGCUCAAGAAGAGCGCUCCAAGUCGAAUCAUCAAUUUGUCCUCGGUGCUUCAUUACUUCGGAAGCAUCCAAUACUUCGAACAGAAGGCCCGAGGAACCUACCCGUGGAAGUACCCGCUGCUUGUGUACUCCAACACGAAGCUCGCCAUCAACGCGUUCACCCGGGUCCUUGCUAAGAAGCUGAUCGAUUUUGGUGUCACCGUGAACUCGCUCCACCCUGGGACUGUCAAAACGAACAUCGCCAACGAGGCACCUGGCCUCCUGACGUUCCUCUUCAUGCUGUGCAACUUCUACGGAAAGACUCCGAAGGAAGGCGCGCAGACGACGCUGCACCUGGCCCUGGAGCCCAGCCUGGAGAAAACGACGGGAACUUACUUCGUGGACUGCUCCAAGGCCCGCGUCGCCUCCAGCCUCGCGGACCGCGACCUCUCGGAGAGGGUCUUUGAAGCAACGGUCAAGCUCGUGAACCUCGAUGACUCCGAGAUCGGCAAGCUGCUGGACACGUGA